CGAGUACGACGUCGCUGGUCCGGUCCGUGCAGGUUCAGUGUCGAGCGAAGCAGCGCCGCGGAUACAACUGUCUGAAGUGAGAGCGACCUGCGACACGGCUGCGUCUCUGAGCUCCAAAACAAGACCCCCGAUUUGACUGGACGUUCCACUGCACUUUCUCGUCGAGGUGGAGGUCGAUUUUCCCGAGCUUGAGUCCUGAGCACGAGAGAACGCAGCAUUAGUGCAGACUUCUUCUAGAAACUUCCUGAGUGGCCCCAUAGCUCCACCUUGAAGAAUCCAGUCCGGUCAGAUCUGCCCCGCUGUGGACUCGAGCCUCCGGCCUUCACCAGAGCAGAGUCCAGCCGCCGAAGCUGGACGGAGGAGAGGCGACGAGACGGACCGAGGGCAUGGCCUUCGUGCUGAGACACAGAACUGCCAAUGUAACCGAGUCCGCGGAGAGUAAAGAGGAGCAGACUGCGCCUCCCAUGAGUCCACGGGAGACCGCCACCUCAGGGUCAACCAAUCACCUCACCGCCGCAGAGUGCCACUCUCAUAAUGGGAGUUUGCUGGACAGCGAGGUGCAGAAGAGAGAGGGAGAGUUGGACGACAGAGGAGGAGAGGAGCCAGAGGAGGAGGAGGAGAGGGCCAGUGGCGAUGAAGGCUUCAUGGGGAUGACUCCGCUGCUGCAGGCCCAUCACGCCAUGGAGAAGAUGGAGGAGUUUGUACAGAAGGUGUGGGAGGGGCGCUGGCGAGUCAUCCCCCACGACGUGCUCCCCGAUUGGCUGAAGGACAACGACUUCCUGGUCCACGGACACAGACCGCCCAUGCCGUCGUUUCGCGCCUGUUUCAAGAGCAUCUUCAGAAUCCACACGGAGACGGGCAACAUCUGGACACAUCUGUUAGGUUGCUUGUUCUUCCUGUGCCUGGGCCUCAUGUACAUGUUCAGACCGAACAUCACGUUCGUGGCUCCGGUUCAGGAGAAGGUCGUGAUCGGGAUGUUCUUUUUGGGGGCGAUCCUCUGCCUGUCGUUCUCGUGGCUCUUCCACACCGUCUACUGCCACUCGGAGGGCGUGUCCAAAGUCUUCUCCAAGUUGGACUACAGUGGGAUUGCGUUCCUGAUCAUGGGCUCUUUCGUGCCCUGGUUGUAUUAUUCGUUCUGGUGCUCUCCUCAGCCCUGCGUCAUUUACCUCCUCGUCAUCGUCGUCCUGGGACUGGCGGCCAUCGUCGUCUCUCAGUGUGACUUCUUCGCCACGCCGCAGUACAGAGGCGUCCGAGCAGGAGUGUUUGUGGGCCUGGGUCUGUCCGGAGUCGUCCCGACUCUCCACUUCGUGAUCAGUGAAGGUUUGAUCAAAGCCACCACGAUCGGGCAGAUGGGUUGGCUCUUCCUCAUGGCCACGCUCUACAUCACGGGAGCGUGUCUGUACGCCGCCCGCAUCCCGGAGAGGUUCUUCCCCGGAAAAUGUGAUAUCUGGUUCCACUCUCAUCAGCUGUUCCACAUUCUGGUCGUGGCCGGAGCCUUCGUCCACUUCCACGGCGUCUCAAACCUGCAGGAGUUCCGCUACACGAUCGGGGCGGGCUGCACGGCAGACGGCAACCUUUAACCUUUGGGGAAAACUACGAAAAAAAAAAAAAAAAAAACCACCAAGAAGUGCUCGAAAAAUUCCGCGCACGAGCCAAGAAUCGCACUAAAAACUCCCAACUUGAAGCCAGUGUGUCUUGUCUCCGCGGGGUAGUUAAAGUGUCGUGAACUCCUUCUGAGUUUUUGGGGUUAAAACAGCUACUUUUUUCCAAAUCUUUUUAAAAGUUUUGGAGGGGCACAAUUGUUGGAGGAUUCAGUAGUUUUCUUUUUGUUUGGAAAGACAUGGGGUGUUCGAAUGUUAUUUUUCAAACUUUAAAACGCAAAAAAAAAAAAAACACACGUGGAGUUUUGGGGUUGGUUAAGGUUCUCGACGUCGGACUAAAGACGGAAAUCCGGGGGUUCGGUUCGUUCAUAGUAGUCGCUUUUACGUAGAAAAAAAAGUUAAUUGUAAAUAAGAUUUCUAAAUUUUUUGGGUUAUAGGUUUGUAUAAAAUAUAAAACUACAAAAAAGAUCGGAAGGUGGGAGUUAAUUGUGGUUUGAGGUGCAGUUGCAAAUUUUGUUGGGCUUAAAAUAAAAUUUAAAAAAUAAAGAAGAAGAAGUGGAAAUGUUGAAAACUGAAAAGAAAAAUCGCACAAUUCACUAAAUUUUUAUCGAGCAGAGACGUCAAGACUCGCUGUUUUAAGUCUCUGUGAAAGACAAAAUAUUUAAUUAGACUAAAUAAUCGUUAAAAUUUAUUUGAAGGUCCCAAAUUACGCUGUUUUCUGAUCUGUUUUAAUGUUUUUUCUUCGUCACAAACGGACCUGAAGUUGAGUUUUGUCGACUCUAAGUUUGUUUUUGACGAAGUAACAACAUUAUAACUUGACUUAAAGCUCACAAGAGUAAUUUUUUUGUAAUUUAGGACCUUUAAAUGUUUUUCAGGUAUCAAAAAUUUACAAAAUUUGGGCCUCUUGGGGAAAAAAAAACAAACUUUUAUAAUGUUUUAUGCUUACAACCAAAUGGAAAUCUACGUCAAACAGCCAUUUCUCUUACUAUUCUCAUUUAUUUUUAUAGGAUUAUUUCUGAAUUGAAAUAUUAAUCAGAUGCAGUUAUAAAUUCUUUACGUUCCCCCCCCCAAAAAAUUAAAUACUAUGCGAAAUUCUCUAGGGUCCUGGGACAAUUAAAGCAGAUUUCUUGUCUAGACCGCAGCACUGAAAAUGUUAAAAAUGUCUUUAUUAUUUAGAGGUUCAUAUUUUUGGUAUUAUAAUUUAUCUAUUUUUGUUUGCCGUCGUAAAAGCUUUAAUUACACCUUUAAUUUCUGUGUUUCUCACUUGUUUUCUGUUCCACCACGGAUUCGUACAGAAACACUGAAGCGACCCGGUGUGCGUUGGCUUUGCUGGAGUGAGCAGUGGCUUGUACUUCAUGAUCAUAUAUUUGGUUUUGUUUCUUUGAUUUUUUUUUUGUUUUAUUCGAUGGAUUUAUUUGAUAUAUUAAUUUAUUGGGGAGCGCAGGUGAUGACUGAUCGCAUUAGACCUUUAUAUCUGCUGUAUUGUUCUAAUAAAAGGUUUUUCAAAAUCA